AUGAUUCAUUUCAUUUUAAUUCAAAAUAGACAGGGUAAAACUCGUUUAUCAAAAUGGUAUACACCAUAUGAAGAUGUAGAAAAAAGAAAAUUAUCACACGAAAUACAUAAAAUAGUUAAUUCAAGAGAAACCAAAUUUACAAAUUUCGUUGAGUUUAGAACACAUCGUAUUGUUUAUAGAAGAUAUGCAGGUUUAUUCUUUUCAGUUUGUGUUGAUCCAACAGAUAACGAAUUAUUUUGUUUAGAAGCAAUUCACUUAUUUGUUGAAGUAUUGGAUGCAUAUUUUGGAAAUGUAUGUGAAUUAGAUCUUGUUUUUAAUUUUUAUAAAGUUUACGCUAUUAUUGAUGAAGUUUUCCUUGCUGGUGAAUUAAUGGAACCAAGUAAACAUGUUAUAUUACAAAGAAUGGAAUUUUUAGAUAAUUUACCAUAA